AUGGACUGGGCCGCUCCUAAUCUGCCCCAACCAAAUCCCAACACCUCCCGCUUUUCAUCGGGCCUAACCGAGGAUGUCUAUCUCGAGCCAAAACUCAGGCGCGAGCUUUCUCGUCUAGACGAUGCAAUCCCAUUCAGUCCCAAAGCGCGCUAUCUACAUCAUACAUGGGCGCAAACUUUCUUCUCCAGGCCGGAACUCUACUUUCAGCCUUGGUCGAUUCCCGAACUGCAGAAAAUUGUCACCGCUGCACGCCGUACCAGGAAGCGGCUAUGUGUCACGGGCUUUGGUCACUCGCCUUCUGAUUUAACAUGUACAUCGUCAUGGUUGAUCAAUCUGGACAACCUGUCGCAGAUCUUGGAGAGAAACGUCGACAAUACUCCUGGUCUUGUCCGUUUCCAGGCGGGCAUUUCGUUGCACAACCUUAACUUAGAUUUGGCCAAGGAUGGCUUUACACUGCCCAACCUCGGCUCAAUUGACGUGCAGUCUGUUGCAGGAGUCAUCUCAACUGGUACUCAUGGCUCCAGCCUAAAGCAUGGGCUGAUAUCGCAAUCCAUCACAUCAUUGACGAUCCUCAUGUCCAACUCCCAACUCGUCACGUGUUCCGCCAGCAAAAACGAAGAACUCUUCCGUGCCGCCUUGCUCUCCUUGGGUUCGCUGGGGAUCAUCGUAGAGAUCACCAUCCAAGCUGUACCAGACUUCAAUGUGUCUUGGUCUCAAUCCCUCCAUACUCUUGCGUCUGUCACCGACAACUGGUCUAAAAACUUGUGGACAAAUGCAGAAUUUACCCGGGUCUGGUGGCUACCGUAUCUCAAACGCGCUGUCAUCUGGCGAGGAGCAAAGAGCUCCGAACACCCGAAACCUCCAAACACCACCUUCUACGGUGGGAAAUUCGGGUACUACAUGUAUCACAACCUCCUCUACCUGUCCAACACCUUCCCACGCAUCCUACCCUGGGUGGAAUGGUUCAUCUUCGGCAUGCAAUACGGGUUCAAACCCGGUUCAUUCGUCAUGUCCGCCGUCCAACCUGCGCGGCAAGGCCUCCUUAUGGACUGCUUGUAUAGCCAGUUCGUAAAUGAAUGGGCGCUCCCGUUGUCAAAAGGCCCCGAGGCCAUCGAAAGGCUCGGCGCAUGGAUCAACCACGACGAUGCCAAGUCCGGCAUCCCGAUCUCCAGCAAAGGGAUCUGGGUUCACUGCCCAGUCGAGGUCCGCAUCAGCGACACCAACUAUGCACAAGCCAACGACUCCCGCGUGCGACCAUACCUCGACCCAACCUGCGCAGACGAGCCAACAUUGUACCUCAACGCAACCCUGUACCGGCCCUACGGCCGGGACCCGCCCUGCCACGAGACAUACUACCGCGCCUUCGAGUACCUGAUGCGCGACAUGGGCGGCAAGCCGCACUGGGCCAAAAACUUCGCGUACACGACGAACCGCGAGAUCGACGCCAUGUACGGCUCCGACAUGCAGCAGUUCCUCAAGGUCAGAGACGAGUCCGAUCCGGAGGGCAUGUUCCUUGGCGAGUGGCACCGCAGGACUCUCCCGUUGGAUGAUAUCAGCGUCAAGGGCGGCAAGGGCGGGUUCGGCCUCAUGGAGGUCGAGGUCAAGCGCUCCAAGAAAGGUCUCGGCUGGGGAUACGGCGACGGGAUUCUCUGGGAGGGUGGAACGCUUGCCGGUGCAGCGGACAAAGAUGAUUAUAAUGAGGAUUCAGCCGCUGGCAAAGUCGCCGCCUUCGAUGAUGGCGAGGAUGCCACUCCAAGCCCUCCAGCGACUGCCACCAGUGAUGAGAGUUUCGACUAUAUGGCCAAGGGCGAGGCGAGUGUCUAUGCUGAGGGGGCUGAAGCAUGA